AUGGUUUUGGUGAGGCGCCGUGAUGUUGCUACCCUGACGAACAUUAUUCUCAAACUCAUCCGACCAGGAACAACAAUAAUGUCCGAUUCAUGGAGAGCAUAUUCGCAGCUGUCUAGAUUGCCUGCAGGAUGUCGACACCUCACCGUAAAUCACAUGGAUAAUUUUGGCGAUCCUCGAACUAGCGCCCACACCCACCACGUCGAAUCGUUGUGGGAAGCUCAAGAUGGUGCUGAAGAAGGAGCAGGGUUGUUUACUAAGCAAUAUACCGAUUACAUCAGGAAAAUCCUGUGGCGUCGCGAGUUUGGAGAGCCUGGAAAGAUCAUCUUCAACUUCUUUGGGCACACUGCGGAACUUAUACGAGUUGAACGUGAUCCUUCAAGUUCCAAGACCAACAUAACUAACCCAACGGCCCUCUUCAGGGCCAUAUAA